AUGGCCAGCUAUUGGAUCUUCCCAAACCUGCGAUCCUUCCGUCAUCGCCUUAUCAUCGGACUUGCGAUCAGUGACUUUCUCAUGGCUUUCAACUUCAUCUGCUCGACAACGAUGAAUCUUAGCGGCAGACUUAUCGAUGAUCCAGAACAAACCGACUUUUGUAAGCUCAACGGCUUCAUGGCUCAGGUAUUCGUCAUUCAAACCGACUAUUGGGUCCUCAACAUCGCCAUUUGCACGUUCUUCAUCCUGACUGGCCAAAGAAAGCGAGCCAGCUGGGUGCAGAACCACGAAGUCGUCAUUUGGGGACUUCCGUGGUUCUUCUCGGUCUUAUGGGCUUCUGUGGGCCUCGGUUUGAAUGGCUACCACAGUAUCGGGGCUUGGUGCUGGUUCAAGUCAGACAAAACGAGGCUGCUCGCCAACUUUGUUCCUCGAUGGAUAAUCAUAACCAUCAUGUUUGUGCUAUACGCAUACCUCGCCCUUAUUGCUCGCCUGUUGCUUUUGUAUCCGCUUGCGUAUGCCAUCGUCUGGACUAUCCCAACUGCCAUCCGGAUAUACCAAGCAAGUACGAAUACGCCAGCACCUUUCCCAUUGCAAAACGUCGAUCAGGCUUGCAUCGUGAUACAGGGGCUUGUCGACGCCGUAAUCUACGGUAUGAACGAGACUUCAGUAGCAAGCUAG